AUGUCCUGCUACGACCUGUACCCCUCGUCUGCCUGCGGCGUCCUGCGGCCCCAGCCCCUGGCUGACAGCGGCAACGAGCCGUGCGUGCGCCAGUGCCCCGACUCCACCACCGUGAUCCAGCCUCCCGGNGGGCCCAUCCUCAGCUCCUUCCCGCAGGAUUCCGUGGUGGGAUCGGCCGGAGCUCCCGUCCUUGCAGCCUCUGGGGCCUCCCUGGGCUACGGGGGCUACGGCUCCCUGGGCUACGGGGGCUACGGCUCCCUGGGCUACGGGGGUUACGGAUCCCUGGGCUACGGGGGUCUCUAUGGAUAUGGGGGUUAUGGAUAUGGGGGCUACGGGGGUCUCUAUGGGUAUGGGGGCUAUGGGGGCCUGUAUGGCUCGUGUGGGGGCUACCGUGGCCUUGGCGGAUAUGGGGGUUACGGCUCGCUGGGCUAUGGGGGAUUUGGCUAUGGGGGCUCCUCCCUGGGCUACGGGGGUCUGUGUGGAUAUGGGGGCUCCUCCCUGGGCUAUGGGGGUCUGGGCUCGUGUGGGGGGUUCCGUGGCUUGUAUGGCUCCGGGAGAUCCUUUGGCUCCUGCAGCCCUUGGUCCUCCCGCUACGGCCGCUUCAGCCGUGGCAGCUGCGGCUCCUGCUGA